GCAUACUUUGAGGGUUUUGUGGCGCACCACUGCAAAUGUUUAGAAUGGUUUAGAAACUAGUGUUUUGUGGGGUUUUAUGUGGAUAUAUAGCUCUUUCAAGAAGGCAGUGGAGAAAUAUUAUGGUCAUUAGUAUUUUGCCUGAUGCACGGAUAACUGUCAGUUCAGUUUUGAAUAGGGAUGUCAAGCAGUUUGGCAGCAAAUACUUGACUGAUGGUGAUGAAGAGACAUGCUGGAACUCUCAUCAGGGCAGUCCCCAGUACAUCUGCGCCCGUCUGGCGGCGCCGCGCCGUCCCACCGAACUGCAGCUGCAGUUCCAGGGCGGGUUCGCCGGCGGCGACUGCUGGCUGGAGGCGGGCGACGCGCCCGACCAGCUGCGCCGACUGCACGCCUUCUAUCCGGAGAACGUCAACCGGCUGCAGACGUUCCCGGUCGACUGUCCCGAGCCCGUCACCCACGUCAAGGUAGUGUUCAACACCAGCACGGACUUCUUCGGCCGCGUGGUGGUCUACAAGUUCGACCUGCUCGCCGACGAGCCACCGAAGACGGCGGCUGACGACCCUGCUACCUGACCUUUGUUGCAGCGGGAAUUGAAUGUCAUGUCGUCAGAGCCAAUGUCAAAUUGCUAGAUCAUAGAUGGUGACUGGUGGCCUAUUAUGUUCGGUGAUGUGGAACACGGACAUGUAAAAUGUCUACCUGUCGUUAUAUUAUGACGAAGGUCGUGCUGAUUCCCAUGCAUAUUGAAUAUUUUCAGUGUAUUUUAUUACAUUUGAUGACCUGUUGUAAGGCCAAUGUGAAAUAAAGGGGCUGCAUGUU